AUGCAGGCGUUGGGAAUCGCGUCCUGGCUGCGGUCGAUGCGGAGCUGGAGGAGCGACAUCCUCGAGACGAACCCGUACGACCAAGCGGUCUGGCUCCUCAAGUGUCGCGUCGUGACGCAGCAAACGUACAUGGACGACUCGGAGAUGGAGGAAGACGGCGCCGCAGACUUGCUCCUUGACGACAAUGCGCUGGCGAGCAUGCCCCGGCCUGGCACGUCGCUGAGCCGACCCAUGACGCGCGCCAACGUCAACUCUGGCGACCAGAGCUUCCGGCCCAUGUCCGCGAGUGGGCGCCCGCUCAGCGGCUUUGCCCGGCCUGGCACCGGGUCACGCCCGGGCACGGGGCUGUCGCUGGACCAGGCCUUGCAGGGCGCCCGUCCAGGCACGUCGCGGCCGCCGACGUCGCUCGGGCGGCAAGUGCGCCUCGGCACCGCGUCGAUGCAGAGCCAGGGCGACGGCGGCGCCUUCAUCAGCCCCGACCGCCUCGACAUGAAGCGGUACGCGGCGCGCCCACCGAUCGCCAAGGCGCUCGUUGACUACUUGCUGUACCACGACCACAACCCAAAGAAAGCGCUGGAGCUCGCGGCCGAAGCGACCGUGGCCGCCGACUACAAGGACUGGUGGUGGAAGGCGCGCUUGGGCAAGUGCUACUACCAGCUCGGGCUGCUGCGCGACGCGGAGAAGCAGUUCGAGUCGAGUCUCAGAAGCCAGGAAAUGGUCGUCACGUACCUCGAGCUCUGCAAAGUGUACUUGAAGCUCGACCAGCCCAACACGGCGCUCGAGUACUACCGGCGCGCAAGCGAAAAGUUUCCCGGCGACGUGCACGUGCUCGUGGGCAUGGCGCGCAUCCACGACAUGCUCAACGACGUCGACAGCAGCGUCACCGUCUACAAAAAGGUGCUGGACGUGGACCCGGCCAACAUUGAGGCGAUCGCGUGCCUCGCGUCCAACAACUUUUACAACGACCACCCCGAGGUCGCGCUGCGCUACUACCGCCGACUGUUGCAAAUGGACGUCAACAACACGGAGCUGUGGUGCAACAUUGGUCUCUGCUGCUUUUACGCGUCCCAGUAUGACAUGACGCUCUCGUGCUUUGAGCGCGCACUCGCGAUGGCGUCGGACGACAACAUGGCCGACGUCUGGUACAACAUUGGCCAGGUCGCGAUUGGCAUUGGGGACCUGGGGCUUGCGUACCAAGCGUUCAAGAUCGCCGUGUCCGUCGACGCCAACCACGCCGAGUCGUACAACAACCUUGGGGUCGUGCUCGAGCUGCGCAAAGGCAACGUUGAGCAGGCGCGCGCCAACUUUCAGCUGGCCGACAAUUUGGCCAACUUUAUGUUUGAGCCGAGUUACAACCGAGCGCUGCUCGCGUACAAGGUCGGCGACUUUCAGGACGCGUACACCAAAGUGACCAAGGCACUUCAAGUAUACCCGGACCACGCCGACUCGGUCGAACUCAAGCGCCAACUCGAACAGUUUCUCACCAUGAUCUAA